GAAGUGAAGAGAAAGCUAUUACCGAGAAGGUCCCAAUCCAAUCUAUCGUUCCGGGACACUAGUUACCUCUUCUCCACCGCCCUGCUCUCUAUUACGGUCUUCGCAUUUGCCCUGUGGUAUGUCGUGUACCGGGUUUUGAAGGUCGAUAUCGGAUCAACUCUUGCGGUGCUGAGAGUCACGCAAGGAGUUCUGUCCACAUUGACAACGAUUGGGUUGAUGAACGCACUGGAGAUGUUGCAGUGGGGUUUGGCUGGACGGAACCAUGGUCUGGACAGCAGUGUCUUCCUAGGAUUGUCACCGACCACGCACAUAUCCGGAGUGUUCCGUAUCGUGAUUUCUAGGAGGUCUAAAUGGACUGCGCGAGCGGGGGGUCUUGUUCGGGUAAUAUUGGUGACGGCAAUCUGGGUCGCUGGAGUUGUUCUUUUCGUCAAGGCUUCCGUGAUCACGGCAUACGAUCCAGUAUUCGAAUAUGAUGUCACUGCCGGCGUCGGGCAGUUCGACGGGUCAUAUAUUCCAAGGUUCAUGGAAAAGGUGAAGAACAUCUCGCCCGAAUAUCCCCAUCAAAUAGUCCCGUUCUCCGUCAUAUCGACGAUAUACUCGUUAGUUGGAAAUUCCAUGUAUGCUACCAACGCUCCUCCAUUAGAUUGCGACGGUUGCGAUUCAUAUCUCUUAACGGGAGGGGUAUUCUUGGCGACACCUUGGAUUCCUAUCGGAUACGAUUCAUACCCGCUUGUCAACAUCGAAAAAGUACAAGCAAGUCAGAUCCAAUUCAGGGGUGGGAUGCACGAGACAGAUGCUUUUCGAAAUGAAGACUGCGACGUCUACGGGUCUGAAGGUUUCUUGAUCGGAAUAAAAAUGUGCGUCAGUAAGAGCAAAAUGUUUCCCGGAUCGAUUACAGCCGGCGUGUAUGUCUGCGCGAAUGGUACAGACAGCGGUGAAUGCGAACGACCCUUAGCUCGACCGAACAUAACAACUACAAUGUCGGUAUAUAAACGCACAGCAAGCAUAGUAGCGUCUCGUAAAAACUACAGUAUCUCUGCUGUUACCAAUUUCGGCCAAGCUGAGCAGAAUUCCGCGAUUGAUAUUGCUUCCUUUCGAAACGGACUUGCCUGGUUCCUGGACUUUAACGCGUCGUCAACACCACCUCCGUCUUCAGUCGCAGAACAUUUUUGGAACGGACAGGAGCAACUCGGUAGCCCAUAUUGGUCCAGCGAGCUGACUCGGUUGCUACAAGGCAUGUUGGCGUUCCCCUUGUGGUACUUCCAACCCAACAACUAUGGCAAUCCGGAUCUUCAAAUGAAAGACAUGAUCGAUCGUCUUCCUAAAGAAUUUUAUACCAAGGCUCAGAUUACGAGGUCGUAUACGAGGAUGACCAUCGAUCGAGAAAUGUUCAUUGCGUUUAUCAUCCUUGAGAGCUUAGUGCUGAUGUCCAUCUGGGCGAUUCUUCUCUGGUUAUGGAGCACAAGACCUUCUCUGCCGAAGCUGUCGUCGUAUCCCCUAGUUGACUUCGCUUUUAAGUCCAAG